CAAUUUCAGCAAUUUAAGCAAAACACUAUGGAUAAAUCAGGUAGGCUAUUCCUUAUUAGGACUAGUUUAUAAAAUUAGCCUCGUCUCGAACCAUGAAUCCGCUCUGGCUUCAAAUUCAUUCACACACCCUGCACAUUCUAAAACUUCUCCCACAUCUCUAAAGAUCAUUUAACUUCAACUUACUUAUGCCAUCAGCUUUCCACACAUUUAAGCUCGUCCCAGCAAUGGCACAAAACGCUUCCGCCCGUCAAUCGCAAAUCUCCACUCCACAACCUGCUCCCAUCCUUCCUCCUUCUACCCCAGCAAAUUCGCGUCCAUCGCCCAACAUGUCCUCUUCAACACAACCACAAAUCCAAACCCCAACAAUGGCGACACCUAGCAGUGAAUCGCGCAUGCAUCCUCCAAGUAUACCACGAAGUUUGAUGACGCCAGCGAGAGAAUUAAGAGAGAGUUCCGUCGCGAGUAGCAUUGGAGGUGGAAGUGCGACGCGCAAACCGAGACAGAAUUUAGAUGAGCGCGAUCAAAUUCAGGCAUUGAAAGCUUGCAUUGCUCAAAAACACAAUUUCAAAGAAGGCACCAAGAGUCAAUUUUGGAAUGGAGUCAAUGCACAAUUCCAUGAGUCUACAGGUAAAGUUCUAGCGCAAAUGAGCGCCACGGUCGCAAGAUUGGUAGAAGCUCGUAGGAGACAGGUCUGUGAUUGGGAAAAUGAAGUUAUACCAGAAAAGCCUGGUGGUGAAUUAAAUACAUUAUUGGAUGAAUGGAUUGAGUUUUUGAAGGUGGAAGAUGCAGAUGCGGAAAAUGAGAGACAACGACAAGUCGAUGCGAGAAGGAGGGUAGAGGAAUCUAGAAAAGAGGCCAGAAAACAAGUGAUUGCGCAAGAGAAUUUAAUGCAAAAUCAAAGUCCAGGCGUGAGAAUUGUCGCGGGUCCAGCUCCUCCACAGCCAGUUGCAGAUAUGGGACAAAAUCAACCUCAGCAUCCUCCUACUGGUCAAGAAUUGGUAUACCAAUCAGCUCCAAAUGGAGAAUUUUCCGAUGCGAACGGAUUCCGCCCGCACAAGAGACGAAGAACUACUAAUAAUGAGCACCAUCUACCACCACAAGUUCACCAGGAACCAAUCGUUCACUACGGUCAAGACUAUCGACUUCCCUCCCUCCCUCCAUCCGAACCACCGCGACGCGUAGUAGUAGAAGGGCAAUUAACCAAAGAAGACUGGCGCGAUAUCAUGGGCAACGAUGCACGAUUGCGGGUGCUGGAAAACAAAGUCGAUAAAAUUGAAAUGAUUGUUUCACAAAAUAACAAGCUGUUGUUGCAGUUAUUGGCGAAUCAGAAGACAGAUGAUAAGGACAAGGAGAGAGAAAGAGACAAGAGGAUCGAUUCAGAGGAUCAUGAUAGGGUGCCCGUUCAUUUGGAUGCGGAAUUUGAGAGGGAUUAUCUGUGAGCCUACCCUUGCGCUUCGAUGCGCAGUUCAAUUAUAUCUAGAAAAAGGACAUUUGCUGAGUUUUUAUUUUUAUUUUGAAAGAACGGGACGCUACUCAAAGACCCCAUUACCCAUAAAUGAUUAGCUGAGCUUUCGCUUGAUUUUCUCGUCUAGGCUUUAUGGGUACAACAGAAUUCAUCUUCAUACCGGGCUAUAGUUUGCAUAGGACAUCAAGGUUCUUCUUAAUCUACUAGGCGAUACCGUCAAAUCGUCGACUAUCUCCUUUCACUCUGGAAUUUGUAGGUAGAUUUGUUUGUUCGCUUGAAUAUAUCUACACGAGGCUAAUAGCAUUAAGAUAGUGCCCUAGGUUUAAAACGCCUUUGAGAGAUCCUCCGAUCAAAAUAGCCCUCAAACUUCCUCCCCAUCUAUCCUUAUUCUUCUUCUCUCCUGUUCUUUACAACUCACUCUACUUUACUUUACGCCGCUACACCAGUAACAAACAACCUUCCAAAUUACAAUUCACGGAGCGAAAUCCAGAAAAAAAAGCACCAACAUCAACACCAAUAGUAACAGUCACAAUCCGAUGUCUAUUCAUCAAGCAAAUCUAAUUUGAACAAACUGCCUUCGUAUAUGGAUUCAUUGGUUUCUUGAUCUACUUGUUAUUUGUAUUUGUAUUACUACGCCUCUAGGUAAACAUUUUCAUUCCUUCAUUGCCAUUGCCAUUGCCAUUGCCAUUGCCUCGAAAGCAUAUCUAUCUAAAAUAUUACCUAAAACCUCGUUCUGGAUAACGGGGGUUUGCUCAGGAGCAGUAUUGGAGGAUUAAGGGCGGGGGUAG